AUGCCGCCAUUCCCGCCCCCCUGCGCCGUCCGCGGCCUCUCAAUCCGCGCAUUCUCAACUUCAGCCUCAAAGUGUGCUCCCCGCGAGCCCGUCCACCACCGCCCCUCCUCUAGCAGCAGCCUCCUCUCCAUCAAUAACCCCGGCCCUUCUCGAUCCUCCGGCCAGGCCCCCCGCGCGGCAGCUAGCAACCCCGGCGACGUCGCUGCGAACUUGAUGACUCGAUUUAAGCGUGAUGGACAGAUUACUAUGAGGAACAAGCAGGCGAACAUUGAGCUGUUGAGGAACCAGAAGAACUCGAAUGAUUACUUGAGGCAGAUGCCGCGGAGGUGGGAUGCGGGCGAUGUGUAUUCGCCGCAUGAUAUGAGUCCUGUGGAGAUGCAGAAGUGGAGGAAGAGGUCGCCUCGUGGCGGGGAUGUGAUUGAUGCGCUGGGAAUUCGUCCUUUGGACAUGUACAAGAACUUUUCUUUGAUCCAGGAAUUCUCUUCUACGUCUGGCCAGAUCACGCACUCUUCUGGUACGAGCCUUCGUCCUGUCAACCAGCGCAAGAUUGCCAAGAUGAUUCGCAGAGUUCAGGGUAUGGGCUUGUACCCGACUAUUCACGCUCACCCUGAGAUGAUCAGGGAACACUUCUUCCCGGAGAGAAGAUAA